AGUGUAUGAAGGCGUACCUGGAGUUCGAAAUCCAAGAAGGCGCUUACGAGAUCUCUUGUCCCGACGCCCAAUGUGAGAAGCAGGGCGUGAUCUCAAUAUCUGAAAUGGAGACUCUAGUCACAGCAGAUUUGAUAGAGAAGCACAAGAAGUUCCGCCUAAACAGAGAGGUGGACCUGGAUGUGGCACGCACGUGGUGUCCCCGUGCCGGUUGUGAGACAGUUUGCUCGGUAUGCCCCACGGAGAAGUGCAGGCCACAGUGCGUGCACUGUCCCACUUGUGCAGAUGACUUCUGUUCCAACUGCCGUCGCCCGUGGCAUCCAGGUGUGCCAUGCGAGCAGGCAGCUCCUGCCUCCGAGCCACCAGGCAUACCAUUCGACUCUGACCUCAUCAAGUGCUGCCCCAUGUGCAAUGUGCCCAUAGAGAAGGAUGAAGGGUGUGCACAAAUGAUGUGCAAGCGCUGCAAGCAUGUUUUCUGUUGGUACUGCCUCGCUUCACUUGAUGAUGACUUCCUUCUACGGCACUACGAUAAAGGACCUUGCAAGAACAAACUAGGCCAUUCACGGGCCUCUGUCAUCUGGCACCGGACCCAGGUGAUUGGAAUAUUUGCUGGCUUUGGAAUCCUGUUGCUUGUGGCUUCACCAUUGCUGCUGCUGGCUGCACCGUGCAUUGUAUGCUGCAAAUGUCGCAUCUGCAGUGGUGGCAGUAAGCUUGACAGUGAAGAUGAGUUGCCUGAUGAAUCUGCAUCUUGAGCAACUAGCAUAUUGACUCUUUUAAAGAAGUACUGAUUCUGUAGUGUUGUGACAGGAUAAAAUGCCAGUGAGUGUAUCCAUAAGCACUUAGUGAAGGACUGACUGUUUUUCAACUGAAAUGUGCAUUAGGGAUAACUCCCUGCUGUCGUGAGGACUGAAUUAGUGCCAGCUUUUGUGGGUGACUGAACUAAUGCAUACUAUUUUGUAAAUGGAAAAAAUCACUAUAAUGUUCAUCUUUUUCUUGGAGUUAUUUGGUAUUUGUAAGGAUAUCCAUCUGUGUUGAUGGUUACUGAAGUUAAUAAAGAGUUACUUUCACUUUUUUGCUUCAUUAAUGAAGUAUGGGUGAUUGUUACAUUCAAUUAUA